AAUCCAUUAUUAUUAUUUGUCACCUCUAACUUCAAGUUCACAAUUCUUUAUAUUUAAACACCAUUAACGGUUUCGUAAGCUUUCUUGUGGGAGGAGACAAAAUUUUCCAAGUGUUUUCAUCAUGGAGAAACCGACAUCUCCAUCUUCUAAUAAACCCACCACCACCACCAUCGCCAACUAUGUAUCACCACCGUUAUCUCCGCCGCUUGAAGAUCUAACGACCGACUUCUCUACAAUGUACGACUUCAUUUUCUCAUCUACUCUCCCUGAAUCACUUUCCAUUACGCCUUCUACUUGUUCCUCCUCCUCCGAUGAUCUGAAACAGAUCGUACCCGGCGAUGUGUCCACCGAGGAUCGGCUCAACCAGGCUCGUCUUAUCCUUGAGUAUCAACAAUUGUGUGAUCACUUCGACCUUUGUGUUUCUCGCUUACAAGCUAUCAAGGGAGAGGUUGAAAAGCUUCGUAGAGAGAACAAUGAUCUUCGGGUAGCUAACAUUGAGUUGAUCAAGCUGUUGAGCCAGUCGUCUCAAGCUGCCAUGAUUAAUAGAAACCUCCAUUGCGAAAAAGUGGCGGAUUUGAACGAGAAAAGAUGGGAGACGGGGCUGAAGAAAUCAUUGCCCAAGAGCCUUUCAUUUAAUUCAUGUAACUAUGUGCAAAGAGUCGUCAAUCCACCACCGCCACGAGUACAUGUAGCACCAGGGACAAGAAGAGAAGAGAAAGGCAUUGAAAUGGAGGUAUACAACCAAGGAAUGGUGAAGACAGAGCUAUGCAACAAAUGGCAACAGACAGGUACCUGUCCCUACGCUGACCAUUGCCAGUUCGCCCAUGGUAUCACUGAGCUACGUCCGGUUACUAGGCAUCCUAGGUAUAAGACCCAGGUUUGUCGCAUGAUCCUUGCCGGCGAAGCCUGUCCGUACGGUCACAGGUGCCACUUCCGUCAUUCUCUUACUGAACAAGAAGAACUAUUAAUUUCGCCUUAAUUUCAGAUUUAUUCAAACUAUAAAAUUAAUGUAAAUAUCUUAUUUCGCAUGCAAACAAAUAACAGUGUCCAAAGUCGUAAUUAUAAGGCAAUAAUAUUUAGAUUACAUGUGUGGAAGGAAACUGUUUUAUUGAUUGUACGUUAUGCAAGAGAAUUGUUUAUAGAGGAAAUAUUUGAUGUUGUAAUACAUGCAAAAAGAAUAAAAAAUUAUAUAUAUAUUUUUGUA